CCACCUCCCACUUCAACAACCUAUUCUCUCGGUAGCCACUCCUUCCAGCACAACGAUGAACUACUUGCGAGGCGCUUACCAAUACUACCGCGAUCUACCACCCAUCAACGCGGCUACCCUCACAGGCGCAAUCGAUGUCAUCGUCAUCGAGCGACCAGCAGAACCAUCAGACAUUGGGGCGAAACCCGGGGAGACCGUCCUCGCCUGUACGCCUUUUCAUGUGCGAUUUGGCAAGCUGCAGAUCCUGCGACCAGCGGAGAACCAGGUUACAGUAAUCGUCAAUGGGAAAGUCACUCCAUUCCCGAUGAAGAUCGGUGAGGCGGGCGAAGCCUUCUUCGUCUGCGAGACCGAAGGAGAAGUGCCCCGGGAAAUGCAGACGAGUCCGAUCUUGGGACCGUGCGAGCCAGGCGCGCAGCAUACAGUCGAUAAAGAACCCAAGACGGAUCGAUUCGGUUCAAAACCGUAUGGAAUUGGGAUGCAGGAAGUGCAGCAACUGGACCGGUCGGAGUAUGCUGAACCGCCCUUCUUAGACUUGAACAUUGCAACCGCCCCUGAAUUGCAAUCUCCCUCCUUCCCCUCCACGUCCCGCCCAUCCACACCAGGUUCCCGCGCAUCCACCCCACCAACAUCGUUAUCUGCAUCAUCUGAGAAAGACAAAGAUUCGGUCCGCAGCCCCUCACAACCGCCUCCUGCUUCCAAAGCCAAUUAUGAGCCUUCCGAGACGAUUCACAACCUUCCCCAACUUCCUGAAGCAAUACAAUCGCAUAAUGUAGAGUACAGGCAAGAUGUGGUGCUCGACAUGGAAGGAUAUCAUGUGCAUCCCGAUGCCGCCCCUAACUUGCGCCCGGAAGGCGACCAUGAAGACCGCGAGGAUGACACCCAACCUCGAUCAUGGACCGACACCUUGCUUGGUUGUAGCUCGCCAAAGCCAGACGACGAAGAGGCUACGAUUGAGAACUCGAAAAGGAAGGUUGUCCCUCCGAUUCGGGCGCUCAGUGAGCCUCCGCCCGACAUGGAACGUGACGAGCAGGAUCUUGAGGCGGAUACAAGUUUGACUACUCUCCGAGCUGUGAGUGAGGAGCCAGAACCUCUAACACCAUCUGGCAUACAGCAUCUCCGUAGUCAAGGCGCAUCCUCUUCCACUCCUGUUCUCCCUCACCUCUCCCUGUCCCUGUCCGAGCUCCCGGCCGCAAAUACCAUGCCCGACUACACCUGGGAAUGGGGUUCGCUCCCCACCCCACAGACGGCCCGCCCUCGUAUAGAGGUCGAGGAGGAGGAGAAAACUAUGCUCGGUGUGGGAGGAAAGAUAUACCCCAAGAGCAAGACUGGGGAAGAAUUUGGACUGGAGCUUGACGAUAAACGCACUUCCUUCGAAUUGAGUUUAUGUGGGCCAGAGGCAGUCAGGGGAAGUGAGUUUGAGAACGCGACGGCGUUCCAGGCCAGGCUCGUAACGUACAAGGACUUCGUCGAGUCGGAGAGCAUAGUGGACGACCCGAACCUUGUUAUGCGCUGGGAUGAGAAGUACAUCACGUGUGAAGAUUUCUCUCCUCUUUUCCCCGCUCUCGCUCGCUGGCGGCUUGAGGCUGCCCCGGUGGACCUGGCUUCCGGCUCCCCGGAACGUCAACCCAGCCCUCCAGCGAGCUUGAGUCGCGCGAGCACGAGCGGUUGGUCGCGUUGGUGGACACGUCGGGCGGCGGGUGACUCGAUCUCAUCCCAGGCCGAUAUUUUGGAGCCUCCCAAGUCAGAUACGACAAUGCGUCGUGGGAAUUCUACACCUCCAUCGACAGUCGUCGAGAGCCCCCCUGCGCUUCCCGAGUCCGCAAGCGGCCCAUUGGACCGGACUGAACCCGAGAAACCGCAGGUCAAGACAUAUGCAAAGGCGCUCAGAUUGACCUCGGACCAGCUCAAACAGUUGCAGCUCAAACCAGGACCCAAUACUGUCUCCUUCUCACUCUCUUCGAGCGCUGCGGUCGUCUGCACCGCACGUAUCUUCCUUUGGCAGAACACUGACCAGCUCGUCGUCUCGGACAUUGACGGCACGAUCACGAAGAGCGACGCGCUUGGGCAUGUGUUCACCAUGAUCGGCAGGGAUUGGACACACUCGGGCGUGGCGAAGCUGUACACGGAUAUAUGCAGGAAUGGGUAUAAGAUCAUGUACUUGACUUCGAGGGCCAUCGGUCAGGCGGACUCGACGAGAGAGUAUCUCAAGGGGAUCAACCAGAACAACUACCAAUUACCAGAAGGUCCGGUUAUCAUGAGCCCCGAUCGGCUGAUCGCGGCGUUGCAUCGGGAGGUGAUCAUGCGUAAGCCAGAGGUGUUCAAGAUGGCCUGCCUGCGGGAUAUCCAGAAGCUCUUCGGCCACACCAAUAAGCAUGCCUUCUAUGCCGGUUUCGGCAAUCGUAUCACCGACGCGUUGUCAUACCGUUCCGUCAACAUCCCCUCCGGUCGUAUCUUUACGAUCGAUUCCUCUGGGGUUGUAAAGAUGGAGCUUCUGGAGCUGGCGGGAUACAAGUCAUCUUAUAUUCACAUGACCGAUUUGGUGGACCAGAUGUUCCCACCUGUGCAUCGGAAGUGGGCUCAGGAGUUCACUGACCUGAAUUACUGGCGUACCCCAAUGCCCAAUAUCGACAUUCCGGAUCUUCGGCCACCUUCCCCUGCGCUCAGCGCGCGAUCGGACACUUCUAGCCGGCUGAACAGAAUAAGGAACUUCACCCUCGGACUACCGGGAACUAGGUCGACGAUCAUGGGUUCCAAGUCUGGCGAUAGCACGCCGAACGGCAACGCAGAUGCCAAGGAAGCAAAGCCUGCCCGCCCGACUAGCCCGCUUGUCAGUGCCUACACUGCAGAGUCACUCUCGGAGGACGAAGACUUUGCCCUUAGUCGGAGCCCGACGGAUACCCAUAGCAUGCCUGGGUCGAUGCCUGGCUCACCAGAGCCCCAGGACGGGAGCUGGAUGCCUCGUCGGGAUGAGCUGGAGGACGAUGACCAGGCGGAAGGGGAGGGAGAGGAAUAUGACGAAUGGCCUGCUGCGGCCAAGAGCCCAUUGGGGGACGACGACUUCGAAGACGAUCUUCUCGCUACUGGCGUGAUGGAGAACGUGCCUUUCCUUUGA